CCGUCCCGUCCCGUCUCGUCUCGUCCCGCUGCAUUCCGGCGGCACCAUGAGCUUGGCCGUGAGUCGGAAUGAGCUUUCAGUAGAUAAAACUAAAAAGAAGAAAAGAAGAGAACUAACUGAGGAACAGAGGCAAGAAAUCAAAGAUGCCUUUGAGUUGUUUGAUACAGACAAAGAUAGAUCAAUAAAUUAUCAUGAAUUAAAGGUGGCAAUGAGAGCCUUGGGUUUUGAUGUGAAAAAAGCUGAUGUCCUGAAAAUACUUAAAGAUUAUGAUCGAGAAGCGACGGGCAAGAUCACUUUUGAAGAUUUUAAUGAAGUUGUGACAGACUGGAUAUUGGACAGAGAUCCACAAGAAGAAAUUCUCAAGGCAUUCAGAUUGUUUGAUGAUGAUGACUCUGGUAAAAUAAGUCUGAGAAACCUGCGUCGAGUUGCUAGAGAACUGGGUGAAAACAUGUCUGAUGAAGAACUACGGGCUAUGAUUGAAGAAUUUGAUAAGGAUGGAGACGGAGAAAUCAAUCAAGAGGAGUUCAUUGCUAUUAUGACUGGAGAUAUAUAGCAUUAGAAGAAAAGAAGUGAACUCAGCACAUAAGGGAGGAAUCAUUGGCAGCUUCCAUUACAAUGUUUUCUACUUCCAUUCAUUUCUGUAGCUGGAGUGAUGCAGAAAGUUACUUUCCUCACAGGACCAAAUAAAUACAGGUUAUACACAUUGA